AUGGAUUCAUUUGACAGUCCACUUGCCUCGCCCACAAAGGCACGCCAGGCUGCUAUGCAAGCCAAGGACUGGGCGUACGUUAAUUCAUGGCUCACCCGGAAAUACGCGCCCAAAGCCGUGCCCCAAUUCGAACGAAACGAAGACACCCUCCGCGUCCUUUUGACAUUGGCCGCAGCCAAUGAUGCCGCAGACGAGGAAACAAAUAUCUACCAUCGUGCACAGGAAGAAGCUAUCCAUGCUUUCAAGGUCCAGGAGGAGGCCGAGCGCAAAGACCCACACGAGCGACAAAAGAACGAGAUUCUAGAUGAAGUGGAAAUGUGCUUGGAUGAUAAGGGGCGGCGCGAUCUUGAUGAUCUAGCCGAAUCAGCAGUUGUAAUGGGCAACACAAUGAACCCCGAGCCAGAGGAUCUGAGCCAAUCAAUCGUUGAGCUGACGGCAGAGGAAUUUGACGCGCAAGAUCAAAUAGCCAAAGUUGAAACACUACGUCUCUAUUUGCAGAAAGAGCUUUCCCGUCUUCAGGCUGAUCUGGAGGUGCUCAAGUCGGACGAGGCAUAUGCCAUGCCCCAGGGUAUCCAGGGCCAGACCUCGGAGUGGAUCCGUGGUACCAAAACGCUGUCUACAAAAGUUGGGGAAUAUCAUGAUCGUAUUGCUUCAUUGGAGAGGAAACAGCCGCUAGGUCCUACAAUUGAACAAAUUAUGGCGGAUGAAGAGAAUAUUAUUCGGCUCCGGGAGACUGUCAAGUCGCUAGAAGGGCGUGUGAAAGCAUUUCAAGAUCUGCCCACGGAUAUUCCAGGGGCACGGGCCAGGUACAAGGAACUGGAACGGGAACUAGGCCAACUUAAUCGGCAGCGCGAUGCAUUGUAUAGCAGCCUGGGAAGAUGCUAA